AUGGAGAACUCUAGGGCUUGUCGCAUCGACCGAAUCACCCACAGUGCGCUGCUCUGCCUUUGGCUUCCUAUCGCGAACCUCCUCACCAUCCAAGGGCUGCCGUGGCCAAUGAACAGGGAGCUUCAGGCCUGUACCAUUUUCCAUAUCCUCGGCGUUAAGGCCAGACAUUCAGACUCCCCAGCCAUGAAUCAAGCCUCUCAAACUUGGCCGACCCCGAAACACAGGACGGACACAACACACAAAGAGCAAUCAUCUCGCAAAGGGACAAAGGCACCACUUGGUGGUGCACUGGGUCCUGGAGUGGGUGUUGAAUGGACGGGGGUUCCAGGUAAAGGUUGCUGGGAACCCAUCAUCCCAUUUCCAUUUACACCUGGUCCCAUACUGCCGCUUCGCGGCCCAGGGCUUGGUGCACCGCCUGGAGCCGACAUGAUCAACGCCUAUGACGACAACUUCGAGACAGCUCAAAUUGCGAUGAAGGACGGCAACAGAACAGAGUUGCUACAACGUGUAGAAUCACCGGUUGUCGGACUAGUCAAUAUGGGCGAAAAUGUGCCUCCGCAAGAGCUACCUACCUUUACCUCCGCCGAUCGCAUUCGACAGCUGAAUGACAUGGAUAAAGAUGUUACCAAGCUUCUUCAUUCAGCUGGUCUCGCGAUCCAAGCUUUGACCAAUGCCAAACCAGACUCCUCCUCCGUUGCGCCAGAUGGAUCGCUUGACUCGCACAAAACACGGUUCAAAGAAGCAAGCGCGAAGUACUUCGCACUUCUCUCCUCAGCUGAUGUCAACCUCCGUCGUCAGAUCUACUCACUAGAGGAAUCAUCUCUGGUAGGACCCGAGAAAGGCCCGCGGGCAGGGGACACCAAAACUGGAGCUAGAGCCGAAGGAGUUGUGGGAGCUAAAUCACGAGUGCCAAACUCACUGGAUAUCAGUCGGUUGAACACCCGGAAGGAUACAGUUGGGAAAGAUAAGGAGGCUGAAUUGUGGGCGGCAGCUCGGAAAUUUGUUGAGCAGACACAGAAGCCUUCCGAGGCAAGCAAGGAUUCUAGGCCAUCGAAUGAGCCGGAGGGUAUGCAGAUGGACUGA